UGCACACCGCUUCCGGUUGGAACGCUAACGAAAACUGCAUUGUCGCCACCAUUUGUGCCCAUAGGCUCCAGUGUCCCGGGCUGGAAUUUAACCCCCAAACGUUUUACAGUAAAAUGGUCGUUUGUGCGCGGUUUCAGUAUUUCUCUUAAGCGUGCUACGGAAAACGGCGACGUCGCGUUUACAAUUCUUCCGGAGUCUUCGUGUGUACGAAUAUCCCGCAACAUAACCUAGCCUUCUGCAGCUAGCGACGGACUCGUUGAAAAAAUGAACAGCAACACGAACGUGAUUCAGGUGACCAAUGUGUCUCCAAGCACCACCUCUGAACAAAUGAGAACUUUGUUCGGGUUCCUUGGAAACAUAGAAGAGUUGAAGUUAUUCCCUCCAGAUGACUCUCCCUUGCCUGUGACUUCACGUGUCUGUUUUGUAAAGUUCCGCGAGACUGAGUCGGUCGGGGUGUCCCAGCACCUGACGAACACGGUCUUCGUCGACCGGGCCCUGAUUGUGGUUCCAUUCGCAGAAGGAGCUAUUCCUGAUGAGUCUAAAGCUCUGUCUCUGCUGGCUCCAGCCAAUGCUGUGGCAGGGAUGAUGCCUGGGGGAGGCCUUCUCCCCACGCCCAAUCCUCUUGCAUCGAUGGGAGGGCAGCCGUUCGGAGGGAUGGGAGGUCCCAACAUGGAACAAAUGGCCGCCAUGGGAAUGCAAGGCCAUAACAUGAACCCCCAGGCUAUUUCCGCUGACUUCCUAAAGCUGAUGCAGUCCAUGGACCCAAAUAGGUUGAACCAUAUGGCGGCGGGGAUGAACCUGAACCAAGCCAUGAAGGCCGACGCCUCCAACAAGGAGAUCGAGGAGGCCAUGAAGAGGGUCCGGGAAGCCCAGUCCCUCAUCUCGGCAGCUAUUGAACCAGGCAUUAAGAAGGAAGAGAAACGCAAACAUUCCCGCUCACGGUCGAGGUCACGGCGCCGGAGGUCCCGGUCUCGUUCACGACACAGGCGAUCCAAGAGCAAGUCCCGCCGUAGGUCCCACUCCCGCAGCAGGAAGAGAUCCAAGAGCCCCCGCAGGCGAAGGACCCACUCCCGGGACCGCAGCCGCCGCAGCAGGUCCAGGGAGAGGAGGAAGGAGGAGAAGGCCAAGAAGCGUUCAAAGACCCCACCGAAGAGCUACAGCAGUGCCAGGAGAUCUCUAAGCACUAGCCGCAGGCGCAGACGAAGCCGUACCGUGUCUCGAUCCCCCAAGAGGAAGCCCUCCAAGUCUCCUUCACCCAGACGGCACAAGAAGGAGAAGAAGAAGGAGAGGGAAAGGGAGAAGGAUCGGGACCGGGACAGGAAGGAGGUCCGCGCCCGCAGCCGAGACGAGAGGGAGCGCUCGUCCAGCAAGAAGAAGAAGAGCAAGGACAAGGAGCGGGAGCGCGAGCGCAAGUCUGAGAGUGAGAAAGGCGACGUGAAGUUAGAAAAACCUAAGGAGGGGUACACACUUAAAGAUAGUGGGCCAGAUUCCCCCCAACCGGCGAUGGUGACCCGCAACUACGAUGAGGAGGAGCAGGGCUACGACAGCGACAAGCCUGUCAAGGAGGAGGAGGAAGAGGAUGUGGACGAGGAGGAGGAGGAGGAUGAAGAAGAGGAGGAGGAGGGGAAGAGCGACGAAUCAGAAGCAGCGUCGCCGCCCCCAAAACCCCACCGGGAAUUUGAGGGCCCCAUGGAAGCCCCCCCGAAGAAGUCCAAACAGAACGGAGAUGACCACCACCAAGCCGACAUGGAUAUGAGUGACUGAGAGAACACACACUCUCACACACACACACCCCUUGAGCUCUCACAUAGGCCACUGAAUUUCUGUUAGUGUUCCCUGAAAAGUUAAAAACCGUUUUCCGGGUGUUUUUAAGUCUUAACUGCAGGAAAACCAGUUUGUUUCCGUUGUAGUGUUUUUUGUUGUUUUUUCUUUUUUAUAUUCUCCCCCGUCGUCUCUUUCUGGACCACAUCCUAGACGCAUACUGUAGUUCUGUUUGAUAUGAAGUUUUUAAUUUCUACUCGACAGUGUGUAGACCAUCGGCAUAGGAUGGCGGUCAACCAAACAGUUAACGUAAGAUGUGGUUUUAAAUUGUCAAUAAAUGAAUACGGUGAAGGCUCUCUUUGUUUUUAGCUAUUUUUGUUCAUGAAAAUGUUACUCUUCCUAUUUGCUGGACAUAAAAAUGCUAACUUUAAUUUGACGUGGCAUACUUGUGUCCUGAAAUUUUUAAUUUAUGUAAGAAGAAUCAUUUUGCUUCUAAAUGCUAAAAGUAAAGUUUUUCAUCAGUUGGAGGCUAGGCAGAAUACUUUGUGUACAUGACUGAAGCCUGUCAGUCAACCCAACUCCUGCCUCUUGUACUUGUCAUCUGUAGAUUAAGAUUGUUUGUGAAUUGUUACUAUGAACCUUUACCGAUACACAUUUUACAAGGACUAAUAAAACUGGGCAAAAAUAAGUUUGUGUAUAUUUGCAGUUAAGUCUGAAUAUUUAAAUGGUUCAUAGCGCCAUGAGUCAUCUUGUUGAAUAAAGGUAAAGGCAAAAUGAAAAUAUCACCACAGAAUCAAAUCACUUGUUUAGUCAAUACCACAGACAAAUGUAUGAAAAUGAGUGAGUAUUAAAUGUAGGUCAAUGGGUUGAAAGUAUAUAUAUUUACUGUUGCAAAAAGGAUUGCUAACCAAAUACCCUGUGGCUAUUUCAAAAUAGCCAAAAAUGAUUGCUAACCAAAUGCCCUUUGGCUAUUUUAAAAUAGCCAUUAUAACGAAGGCGUCCUUAAA